AUCAAAGUCUGUAGGUUUGCAGUGAACAUGCUGAGAAGAGUCACAGGCAGAGAUGGCAUGUAGUGCCUUGGCUAUCAUCCUGGCUCAGAGGUAAGGAGAAAGCAGUAAACAUCAGCACCAGCCCGUUGGCAACUAGGCAACUUAGAGGAGGAUGUCCUAUCAAGAUGAAUAUGGCUCAUUCAAGAAUUAACUCCCUACUCAUCUUCUACCUCAGUUUUUUGCUGCUCAUCCAUUUAAAAAAGUCACUUAGCAUAAGAAAUGAUUCCAGGUGCCUGUCAAACUCUUGCCAAAAGAACUCUACAUGUGAUGCUGCUGCUAAGGACGAUUCUUGCCGCUGUGCAGACACAGUUGAUAUUUUGGGGAAAGACUGCAAUAAAACUGAUGAUCCUUGCACCUCAAACCCUUGUCUUCAAAAUGCUACCUGUUUAAGCACUGCAGGAAACCUCAGCUUUACUUGUGAAUGCCACACUGGAACUACCUGUGAAACAGCCAUCAGCCUCUGUGACACAAACCCUUGUAGACAUGGAGGCACUUGUCAGAAUGGCCUGGCUGGCCCUACCUGUGUUUGUAGUGCAGGAUACACGGGCAUGCUGUGUGAGACCUACUUCAAUGUGUGCAUUUCUAAUCCAUGCCACAAUGGAGCAUUGUGCAGGGAAAGAAUCGACGGGUACUCCUGCUACUGUGUCCCAGGCUAUCAAGGCAAGCACUGUGACUUGGAAGUAAAUGAAUGUGAUUCAGAUCCCUGCUUGAAUGGGGCUACAUGUCUGAACCAGAUAGGCAAGUAUGACUGCAUCUGCCCAGCUGAGUAUAUGGGUAUAAACUGUGAGCUGGAAAUUGACGAGUGUUUGUCACAGCCUUGUCUAAAUGGUGCAACCUGUCAUGAUACUUUGGGUAGCUAUUUCUGUUCCUGUGCACUUGGAUUCCUAGGUGAACUCUGUGAAAUCAACAUUGAUGAGUGUGCCAGUCAGCCAUGCCUCAAUGGAGGGCAGUGUAUAGAUGAUGUUAAUCGGUAUAGCUGCAACUGUACCAGUAGUGGAUUUAUGGGCCUGCACUGUGAAAUCUUAAUUCCCUUAUGCCAGUCCCAACCAUGCCACAAUAAUGCUACCUGUGAGGACACCGCUGAGAAUUAUACAUGCCACUGUUGGCCAGGGUAUGCAGGUUCCCAUUGUGAGAUUGAUGUAAAUGAAUGCAGCAGUAAUCCGUGCUUCUACCAGAGUGAAUGUGUGGAGCUGUCCUGGACAACCUGGUAUGGACGUAUUCUAGAACUGCCAGCAGAUUUCAGCUACAACAGAGCAUCGGGUUAUGUGUGUAAUUGUCGGCCAGGAUUCACAGGUAUUCAUUGUGAAGAAGACAUCAAUGAAUGUUACAUGAACCCUUGCCAAAACGGUGGCACCUGUGAGAAUUUUCCUGGAAAUUACACUUGUCAUUGCCCAUUUGGAGAGAAGGAGGGGAUUUCUUAUGGUGGCAGGAACUGUACGGAGGUCCUCCUUGGCUGCAAUGACCAUCAAUGCCAAAACAGUGGUCUAUGUAUCCCUCAUUUAAAAAAUGGCCACCAUGGAUCCAGUUGCAUCUGCCCACCUGGGUAUACUGGAACACACUGUGAAACAAUAACCACCUUUUCUUUUGCGGGAAAUGGUUUCCUUUGGGUGAACAGUGACAUGAUUGCUGUACAGGGAUCUUUCUAUAACAUAAACCUGAGGUUUCAGACUGUGCAACCUACAGCUUUUAUAUUUCACCGAGGGGAGAAAGAUACAUUUGUAAAGUUGGAAUUACUGAAUGGCUGCUUACACUUAUUCAUGCAAGUCAAUAAUCAGCCACAGGUUCUUUUGCAUAUUUCACAUAAUGUCAGUGAUGGAGAAUGGCAUUCCGUGGAGGUAACCUUAGCAAGAGCUGUUACCCUUCAUUUACUUGACAGUUCUUGUAUGGAAUCAUGUAUCAAUAAAUCUACUACUGCAAUAGAUAGUGAUCAACUGAUGCUUGCAUUUCAGAGCACAUUUUUGGGUGGUUUGCCAGUGGGAAACAUGAGCAGUGACUCUCCACCUAACAUCUAUAAUGUGCAUUCUGCACCUUCAUUUGUAGGAUGUCUUCAGGACAUUGAAAUAGAUUUGAAAAUUAUUACCCCUGAGAACAUAUCAAGUGAAACAUCUUUAAAUGUCAAAUCAGGCUGUACUAAACAGGACAAGUGUGAAAACCACCCUUGUCAAAAUAGGGGACGCUGCAUCAACUUGUGGCUGAGUUAUCAAUGUGACUGCUACAGGCCCUACACAGGGCCAAACUGUUCAACAGAGUACAUGCCAGGCCGAUUUGGACGUGAAGAUUCCUUGGGGUAUGCUGCUUUUUCUGUUGAUGGUAGUCAGAACGAAAACAUGGCUAUAUCAAUGUUUGUCCGAACACGAAAGUCUUCUGGCUUGUUACUAGCUGUGAGAAACAGUACAUCUCUGUAUAUAAGGAUCUGGUUGGAAGAUGGGAAACUAGUCAUGUUAGCCUCAAAUUCCACCAAAUUGUUCAGCACAUGGACUAUGAGUGAUGGAAAUUUUUACUUAAUAUCAUUAAAAAUAGAGCCAAAUAAGACUGAAUUGUUCCAGUCAUCUCAACAGCUAGGCUACAUUUCUACCCCAAUACUAACAGUCCAAAGUGGGGAUAUUCUCUAUAUUGGAGGACUCCCAGACAAACAAGAAACUGAUAUAAAUGGUGGGUAUUUUAAAGGCUGUAUCCAAGAUUUAAGACUGAAUAAUCAACAGCUGGAAUUCUUCCCCACUACCACAUCACUGUAUUCUGUCAUCAACCGAACAUUGAUCAAUGUGACCCAAGGUUGUACUGGUGACAAUCUUUGCAAGUCCAAUCCUUGCCACAAUGAUGGCAUUUGCUAUUCUAUCUGGGACGACUUCACUUGCACAUGCCCCCCAAACACAGCAGGGAAAGCAUGCGACGAAGUUAAGUGGUGUGAGCUCAACCCUUGUCCUCAUGAAGCUCAGUGCCAGCUGGUACACCAAGGAUUUGAAUGUGUUGCUAAUGCAGUGUUUAGCGGCAGAAGCAGUGCAAUAUUUUACAGAACCAAUGGGAAGAUAAGGAGAGACCUCACCAACAUCGUAUUUGGCUUUCGGACUAGGGAUGCUGAUGUGAUACUGCUGUAUGCUGAGAAGGAGCCAGAGUUCAUUACCAUUAGCAUUCAGAAUACCAAGCUAGUGUUUCAGCUGCAAAGUGGCAACAGCUUUUAUGUGCUGACUCUAGCUAGUUCACAGCCCGUGAAUGAUGGGAAAUGGCACCAAGUGAUUCUCUCUAUGACAGAACCCUUAUCCCAGUCGUCUAGAUGGCACAUUGAUAUAGAUGAUAAAAAAGACACUGCAACUAGUACAGUUGCCACAGGAAGCCUCAACUUCCUAAGAGAAGAAAUAGAUAUUUAUGUUGCCGACAAGGCUUUUGACAAUCUGGAUGGCCUAAGGGGAUGCAUGAGCACUAUAGAAAUCAGCGGCAUUUAUCUCUCAUACAUUGAAAAUUAUGAUGGUCACACUAAAAAACCUCAAGAAGAACAAUUCCUCAAAAUAUCUGCAAAUUCUGUUGUUACUGGCUGUUUGCAAUUGGAUGCCUGCAGCUCUGAUCCCUGUAUGCAUGAUGGGAUAUGUGAAGAUUUAUAUAGUUACUAUCGUUGUACAUGUCCCAAGGGAUGGACUGGCAGGCAGUGUGAAACCAACAUUGACGAAUGCUUUUCAAACCCCUGCAUUCAUGGAAACUGCUUGGAUAGAAUCGCAUCCUACAAGUGCAGUUGUGACCCUGGUUAUACUGGAGUAAACUGUGAAGAGGACCUAGACAACUGCCAUGGUCACCUGUGUGCAAAUGGGGCAACUUGCAUAGAUGGAGUUAACACUUAUUCCUGCCUAUGUGCUGGUAACUUCACUGGAAAAUUUUGCAGGCGCACCAGGCUACCUUUUUCCGUCUGUGGGAAUGAGAAGAGAAAUCUCACUUGUUACAACUAUGGCAACUGUACUGAGCUCAAAGGCGAGUUGAGAUGUAUGUGCCUGCCAGGCUUUAGUGGAGAACGGUGUGAAACAGACAUUGAUGAGUGCAACUCUGAUCCAUGCAUGAAUGGAGGCCUCUGCCAGAACCUACUUAACAAAUACCAGUGCAUCUGUGAUGUAAACUAUGCUGGUGACCGCUGUGAGGUAGAUUUGACAGCUGACUUGAUCUCGAACAUAUUCACUGCCAUUGGCUCAGUAACGUUGGCCUUGUUAUUGAUCCUCUUCUUGGCAGUUGUGAUUUCCAUCAUAGCUGCUAACAAACGGGCAACUCAAGGGACCUACAGCCCCAGCCGGCAGGAGAAAGAGGGAUCCCGUGUGGAGAUGUGGAACAUGGUGCAGCCACCACCGAUGGAAAGACUGAUAUAGCAGAAAACAUUUCUCUGUGCUACACACUGGCAGGCAUCUGGCUGAAAGGAAAUAGAGUAAAUAUGAUGGAAAUGGUGGUUAAUUUUGUUUUUCAUACCAAGGAAUAUGUGAUGACUUUAGAGGCUGUUGAAAAUAUUUGGCAUUUAAUCCAAUAAUCUUAAGGGUCUUCAGUAUUUGAGUGAACUGAUGCCAGCUUCUUGGACUUCUUGAACCUGGACCAGCUUCUCAAAGGACAAUUUUGUUUGCACUGGAAUUUUCAGUCUUGAUAAUCAGCAUGUAAUGGCUUCUGGGUAACAUGUAAGUACCUGUCUCUCAGAUACGGUUUGAACCACAGCUUCUGUUUUGCUUUUCCCUUUGACAACCUAAUGAUCAUUGUUGCAGAAGACAACACAGAGAAAUAAAAUAAGCCUGUACAAUAAAUACAUCAUAAUUAUGUCAUGAGAGGUAUUAGCAUUAGAACUGUGUCUCGGCAUAUCUACUUUCAUUCUUUAAUCAGGGAUUAAAAGGAAGGUCUGCAUAAGCUCCCCAUGAAGCAAAAUAAACCUUUUGAAUACCUUUUGAAAGUUAUUGGCUUGCUUCCCUUCAAUGCGCUCAUUUCACCUGCUCUUUCACUACCCUCUUCUAAUGCCAGUAGCCUUCUGUGACAAACAUGUGCCCUUCUCUAAGCAUCAAAAACAACACUCCAAACUGUUAAGAUGACACAGGUUAUUUAACAGACCUCUUUAAAGGCAUGGAAUCUAAACAUCAUUUCAACCCUGCAUUCCCCACCACUGUCUUGUUCUGACUACAUCACUACACUAAUGUACACUACUAGCCCUCAUGCAACCCAGGUCAUAAAUAGACAUUAAGUACAAAACAGACAAGCUUGCUCAAAAAUGUGCUGCCCAAGAUUGCUGGAAAAUAUCAGGAAAGGAGAAGGAUUGUCUUGUACCUAAAGAGCCAGACUGGGAAUCAUGAUAUAUGGGUUCCCAGCUUUGCAGCAGAUUUCACGUGACCUCGGGCAAGUCAUUCACCUUUCUGUGCCUCGGUUUCCCUCUGUUGGGGGAUGAUGAUAUUAGCCUACCUCAUUUCCUUAAUAUAUGUCAAAACUUUUGUGGCAAGAGCUAGAGAAAUGUAAAAUAUAAUUGAUGGAGCAAAGGAAAGUUUGGAAAGUUUCCUAACAAUACAGACACAAAGGGGUAAUUUUUCAACACGACUUAAGGAUCAACCACCCAAUUGCUGGGGGUAACUAGCACCUGCCAAAAUGCAUCCACAUUGUUUUGUGCUAACAAGUUACAUGUAGGUGCAGAUGUUAUCAGCACACAUCUGGCCAUCUGAUUUGCAUAUAGAAUCAGGCAGUUAAAAUGUAACUAAGCUUUAAGCUCCCACAAAUGCUCAGUGAAUGGAGGCAAGGCCACUGAAAAUUUGCCCCCCCCCAAAUUACUUCUCCUGGAGUUCCAAGUGCAUAGCAUUUUUCAUAGCCCCUCAUUUGGACAUGUACAUGACUCAAAUGGUUAUGCCAGUACUAGAACUGAAAUCAGCUAGAUCUACUAACUAAGUCUUUUUAAAUGGCCAAACCCCAAUCCUCAAUGGGCUACUGAGGACCAAAUCUGACCAAAGCUUAUAUUCUUUAUGGACUAUCAGCUGAUUACAGAGAACAAUCAAAGCUUCUGUCCAGCACUAAAACACCUAGCGAAACGGGAAACCAACAGAAACCAACACAGAAGCUCCUUAGUUACAACUCCUGCAGCUCCACUGAAGUGAAAUACCUUGAACUCAGUGGAAUUGCACAGACUAUAAAGCUAGGGUAGAAUCUGGUGCACCAUAUAUUUUGAAUGAGUAGAUGUCAGUUAUCUUUCAAGUGGCUCCUGACUUCAAUGAACCCAAAUGACAGUUACUAACAGAAAGAAAGAAAAACCAAAAAUAUUAUAGUAGAUACAGUGGAGCUUUAGCUGAGCCGUUAGCAGGGUUUAAUUUGUUUAUUAUUACAUUCAGAUGACUGACACUGAGGCCCUCAGCACUGGCUUACAGUUUAGCUUAGCUUAGCCAUUAUAGUAUGAGACUAGUCCUGAUGACUCAGACUAAUAAGGAACACAAGGAGGUUUGGAAUGUAUAGAGUUAUGCAAAAUUUUUCAGAUUAAUUUUAUUUCACCAAAAAAAUGAAGAUCUGGAUCAACCAACACAUGCAACACACCCACUGAUCCCGAACACAAUCCCAUCGACCGUUUUGGCAUCAUCAUCGCCCCAAGCUGCUCCCCACAUAUCUCUAGGGGCAAGAGGUGGGACCCAGCACCUAUCCAGUAGUGUAGCAUAGGAAGAGAUAGUGAGGACUGCAUCCCAGUGAAACUCCAGGGAGAUUUAAACUAGGCAGCAUAUAAUUAUCCCAUCUGGAAUCUGGCCAGAACAAGGUUUAGUAGAACUAUACAUUACUGCAGUUUUUUUUUAAUGUAAAAUUAACUCAAUUCUCUGCGUAUAUAAUUUCAUAGCAUGGAUGGUACAUAAUGUUAUUAUUUUCUAUGUGCAGCCUUAAAAUACAGUAAUGGCAAACAAACAGGGACUGUGGCAAAUCAUGCACAAAAACUGCUCAUGUUUUUGUUUUGUUCUGUGGGACUACGCGAUCAGACAUUUAAAAAUAAAAUUAACCCCAGGCCAGAACCAUAUUUGUUGCUCAAAAAUCAAGAAUUGUGCCGUUUGGAACCAAGUGAUCCAUAAACAUUUAGUGUAUACGGAAUUCAUAUGAAAGUGUUUGUAGCUGGAAUCUGGGGCUGUGUGCAUCAGUCUCCUGCUGCCUACAUGGCUUUGGUAAUAUGUUCAUGUUGACAGGACACAUUGUGUGGGUUAAAGGGAAAAUAUUUAAGACCAGGUGAUCAGAUGGCGUAAAUCAGCAAAGUUCCAUUGAAGUCCAUGAAAUUAUGCUGAUUUACAUCAGUUGAGAAUCGAGCUCUCCAUCUCCUAAUUGAAAAAAUUGGGGUUUUUCUGUGGUGUUUGUGAAUGUUUCUUACUCCUGUUGUUACUCACACUAAGUGUGGAAUAGGAGACUAGGUCUGUCAUAAACAGAUA